AUGGCCCAGCCAUUUCAUGCCGGAGGAGCGACAACCAUCCUCACAACACCACACUCUUUCGAGCUACUACGGACAUCGGUACUCACCCGCCUUCACGAGCUGGACUUCACUCACUUCGGAUCGAUAAUUGCAAUAGCCGGCGUCGUGCCUACCGCUUGGAGGCUUCUGCGACAUGCUUGGCAGGAAGCUGCCACUGCCGUUAAACGUUUCUUUCUGGCUUCGGUGACCAUACCUCCCGGGGAUCCUUUAAACAGAAGUGUCAGCAGCUGGAUUUUGGAGAAUGUCAUUGAACCAAGACAUUUACGGUUCCAGACUGCGCGUACUGAGGUCGGUCACGAUCUUGAUCCGGCUUCGUCUUUGAAGAAGACACCGCGAUCUGUGCAGUACUUUCCUCAUUGGCAGUCUGCGUGGUUUUGGCACGGCGGGAAGCUGUUUGGCGUGAGUCGCUCACUCGAUAGCUUUCAUUCUGGCAUCAAAGAUUCGACAUACGACGGUAUUGGUGGCGAGGAGCUGACUAUUAGCUGCUUGGGUCUCUCUGCGGAUCCCAUCAGGAGGUUCACCACCUUGUGCCGCAACAUCGCAGACAGCAAAGCACAGUUCUAUGUGAUCAUCUACAGCAGAGAUCGCUAUGGGCUCUCCUGGAAGGCGAAGUAUCGCAAGCCUCUGCGCCGGCUGGAGACCGUACAUUUUGACGACAGCAUUAAGCAAGCACUUCUCUCUGAUAUACGCACCUAUCUCGAUCCUAGGACAAAGAAGCUAUAUCAAAGUCGUAGCAUGCCCUAUCGAAGAGGCUACCUAUUCUACGGCCCACCUGGCACUGGAAAAUCAUCGCUGUCAACGGCACUUGCGGGAGAAUUCGGUCUAGAUCUGUAUGAGGUCAAGAUCCCAAGCAUUGCGAGCGAUGGCGAUCUUGAGCAGAUGUUCCAGGAGAUCCCGCCUCGUUGCAUAGUGCUCUUGGAAGACAUCGAUGCUGUGUGGGCCAGCCGGGAGCAGCGCCUCGAACAGCGCCCCAUCUACGACAGUGCAAGCGAACGCUCUGCGACACCAAGCAUCUCAAACGUGACCCUCUCCGGCCUGCUCAAUGUUCUGGACGGCGUUGGAUCGCAAGAAGGUAGGCUCGUGAUCAUGACAACAAACAAGCCAGAUCAGCUCGACAGCGCUCUUACUCGCCCUGGCCGUAUUGAUUUCAAACUGUACCUCGGCAACAUCAGCAGGAGAUCUGCUGAGCAAAUGUUCAUGCGCAUGUUCGCUCCCGAUCUGCUCAGCUGGGCUCGUCAAUCAGCGGAGAAGGCGGAUAGCCUUGACGAACAUGUCUCCGUGGAGCAGCUGAGGAUGCUAGCGGCUAGAUUCUCGCAGGAGAUCCCGGAAGACGCCUUCACACCGUCGCAAUUGCAAGGCUUCUUUCAACUGCACCUUAACGAUAUCAUGCAAGCGGUAUCUAGCAUUGCCAGCUGGGUUAAGCAAGAGCUGGCCGCGCGAUCUGAGAAGAAUUUCGAAAUAUAUUGA